AUGACAGACCACCCGACACACAGGCGGAGGAGGCUGGUUGGCCAGUCGCUUCUGUAUAGCAUUUCUGUCUUUGCCAGCCUUGGUGUAUUUCUGUUCGGAUAUGAUCAAGGUGUUAUGAGUGGUAUAAUCACAGGUCCAUACUUUCGGAAGUAUUUCAACUAUCCUGGACCUAUAGAGACAGGGACUGUCGUUGCUGUUCUAGAAAUUGGCGCUUUUAUCACCUCCGUCGCUGCUGGCCGGGUGGGGGAUACCAUUGGCCGGAAAGGAACACUCUUCAUCGGCGCCGUAGUAUUUACAAUCGGAGGUGCUAUCCAAACUUUUACUAUUGGCUUCUGGAGCAUGCUGUUAGGGCGAAUAGUGAGCGGUUUUGGUGUUGGUCUUCUCUCGACCAUUGUUCCAAUUUAUCAAAGUGAAAUCUCCCCUCCUAAUCAUCGUGGGGCUCUAGCUUGUAUGGAAUUUACCGGAAACAUUAUUGGCUACUCGUCUUCCGUCUGGACGGAUUAUUUUUGCUCCUUCAUAGAUAGUGAUAUGUCCUGGAGAAUCCCUCUUUUCAUGCAAUGUGUUAUCGGUUCAAUAUUAGCAGCAGGAUCUUUGCUCAUACCUGAGAGUCCGCGCAGGUGGCUCAUUGACGUCGGUCGGGAGUCAGACGGCAUGAGGGUUCUUGCAGACCUUCACGACGGGGAUUUACACAACCCUAUCGCUGUUGCCGAGUAUGAAGAAAUCAAGGAUAAAGUCCGCGAGGACCGCGAAUCUGGUGAAGCGAGGACAUACGGUGUAAUGUGGCGAAAGUAUAAACGACGAGUUUUAUUGGCAAUGUCGUCUCAGGCUUUUGCCCAACUUGUGACGGUUCUGUUACGUCGCACCUGUGUGCUAAGAAACCUUGUAGAGGCUGGAUGGAUAGGUCGCCAGGCCCUUUUAAUGACAGGCAUAAACUCUUUAAUCUACGUCUUAAGCACCAUUCCAACGUGGUAUCUUGUGGAUCAUUGGGGGCGCCGUGCCAUUCUUCUCUCCGGCGCAGUCAUUAUGGCAGCAGCUCUAGUUGCGACAGGAUGGUGGAUGUACAUCGAUGUGCCACAGACGCCUAAUGCUGUGCAUUUGGAUACAGAUCAUGCCGCUCAAUGUACGGGCAAAGGGGGUCUCAUUAUCGACGGCGACGAAUUGGGCAUUUAA